CAAUUUGAAGUACUCAAUACAUAAGGCCUUUGUGGCUUUGUGUUUUGCUACCAGCUGCCUGUAUCCGAAUGUCCAUUACUGCAGUUAAAUUUUCUUCUGAAGCUUCUGUGAUUCUUUGACAAUUCCAUUGGAUGCAUCUGCAGAUGGUGAUACUUCCAAGCUACAACUUGAGCAGAAGAAAAGAGAUGUAUUUCUGAAAGAUGGAAUACCAUUAUGGGUUGCAGCUUCUGGAUAUGUAGUUUUGGCUUCUAUAUCUACAGCCACAAUGCCAAAUAUCUUCCCUCCACUUAAGUGGUAUCUUGUCCUUUUAAUCUAUAUAUUUGCCCCUGCCCUCGCCUUCUGCAAUUCCUAUGGUACAGGACUCACAGACUGGAGUUUGGCCUCAACUUACGGAAAGAUUGGUCUUUUCACGAUCGCUUCAUUGGUUGGAAGUGAGGGUGGGGUUAUAGCCGCUCUAGCUGGUUGUGGGGUGAUGAUGUCCAUAGUCUCUACCGCUGCUGAUCUAAUGCAAGAUUUCAAGACUGGUUACCUCACCCUCUCAUCGGCUAAAUCAAUGUUCAUCAGUCAGGUGGUGGGCACAGCAAUGGGAUGUGUCAUUGCUCCACUCACAUUCUUUAUGUUUUGGAAUGCGUUCGACAUUGGCUCCCCAGGCAGUCCGUACAAAGCCCCAUAUGCUAUCAUAUUCAGAGAAAUGGCCAUUCUCGGGGUUCAGGGCUUCUCUGAACUCCCUAAACAUUGCAUGGCUAUGUGCUGUGGAUUCUUUGUGGCAGCUGUGGCCAUAAACCUAGUGAGGGAUCUGGCCCCGCCAAAGGUAUCACAGUUCAUUCCCAUUCCAAUGGCAAUGGCAGUCCCAUUCUAUGUUGGAGCUUAUUUUGGGAUCGACAUGUUCGUUGGGACUGUGAUCUUGUUCGUGUGGGAGAGGAUAAACAGGAAGGAUGCCGACGAUUAUGCUGCCGCUGUUGCUUCAGGUUUGAUAUGUGGUGAUGGGAUCUGGACUAUUCCGUCUGCCGUUCUCUCCAUUUUCAAGAUCAACCCGCCCAUCUGCAUGUAUUUCGGGCCUUCUCUGGCUACCUGAUGAUCCUAAUAUGAAUCACGAAAAAAAAUGAAAGUCCCCCGUACAAUUGUAUAUGUACCUGUAACCCAUGUCUGUUGUAAAAUUUAAUUUUAUUUUGAGUAAAUUAUCUAAAUAUUUCUUUAUAACUAAGGGUUUUCCAUAUUUAGUUCAUACUCCUUCCGUCCCUAAAUAGAAUACAAAUUGCGGG